CAGAUUAACCUAUGACUGACUCAUAAUCUGAGAACUGCAGUGGCUUGUAAAAUAGGAAGCAGGAAAGCCUAAGUGCUUAGGCUUUAACUGAAUCAGGACCAGCUCUCAGCAGUGGGAAACAAUAUAUUAAUCUAUCGGAAGCACAGACUGCAGUCUUGUGUGUCACUGGAGUUUGUGUUGUGAAUUUUUUUCAUGUAAACAGGGCAAAGAAAGAAACCAGGCAGACUGUAGCAAAGCUCCCUUUAUUGGCAAGAGUAAAGAGAACCCUGUCAGAGCAUUGAGAAAGCCUAUUCUUCUUUCUUCUCAAGCUGCGGAUCAAAUGAGAUUCAAAUAAAACGAAGGAAAUAAAGUAUCUUAGAGCAUGGACACCAGUAAGAAGUCAGAACCCCCUUUAUCUGUAGAAAUGGUACAGCAGAGGGCCAAUCCUGACCGCAGUCCAUCAGCAUCCAUCUAUGUUCCAGAGCAAGGUGGCUACAAAGAGAAAUUUGUGAAUGCCGUGGAAGAUAAGUACAAAUGUGAAAAAUGUCACCUCAUCUUAUGCAAUCCUAAACAGACUGAAUGUGGACACAGAUUCUGUGAAACCUGCAUGAAUGCCUUGCUGAGGUCUUCUAGUCCAAAAUGUACAGCGUGUCAAGAAAGCAUAGUAAAAGAUAAGGUAUUUAAAGAUAAUUGUUGCAGGAGAGAACUACUUGCCCUUCAAAUAUACUGCAGAAAUGAAAACAAGGGCUGUAAGGAACAGCUAUCUUUGGGUCAAUUACUGAUGCAUUUGAGAACUGAUUGUCAGUUUGAAGAACUCCCAUGUCCUCGUGCUGAUUGCAAAGAAAAAAUACUGAGAAAAGAUCUGCCAGACCAUGUAGAGAAGACCUGUAAAUACCGGGAGACAACCUGUAAAUACUGUAAAAGCCAAGUCCCAAUGAUUAUGUUGCAGAAACAUGAAGAUACAGACUGCCCAUGUGUCAUGGUUUCAUGUCCUCAUAAAUGUAGUGUUAAAACACUCAUGAGGAGCGAGUUGAAUGCACAUUUGUCAGAAUGUAUUAAUGCCCCAAGUACCUGUAGUUUUAAGCGUUAUGGCUGCACUUUUCAGGGAACAAACCAACAAAUUAAAGCACAUGAAGCCAGCUCAGCAGUGCAGCAUGUUAACUUAUUGAAAGAGUGGAGCAAUGCUCUAGAAAAUAAGGUGGCCUUGCUCCAGAAUGAAAGUUUGGAAAAGAACAAGAGUAUACAAACUUUACAUAAUCAGAUUUGUAGCUUUGAAAUAGAAAUUGAAAGACAGAAGGAAAUGCUGCGGAAUAAUGAAUCUAAAAUACUUCAUUUACAGCGAGUAAUAGACAGUCAAGCAGAGAAACUGAAAGAACUGGACAAAGAAAUCCGUCCCUUCCGACAGAACUGGGAGGAGGCUGACAGCAUGAAGAGCAGUGUGGAAUCCCUCCAGAACAGAGUGACUGAGCUGGAAAGUGUUGAUAAAACUGCAGGGCAAGGAGCUCGGAAUACAAGCCUGCUAGAGACCCAGCUGAGCAGGCACGAUCAGAUGCUGAGCGUUCACGACAUUCGGCUGGCUGACAUGGACCUCCGCUUCCAGGUUCUAGAAACUGCAAGUUACAACGGAGUGCUGAUUUGGAAAAUCCGAGAUUAUAAACGGCGGAAGCAAGAAGCAGUCAUGGGGAAGACUCUGUCCUUGUACAGCCAACCCUUUUAUACCGGAUACUUUGGCUACAAGAUGUGUGCCAGAGUUUACCUGAACGGAGACGGCAUGGGAAAGGGGACGCACUUGUCUCUGUUUUUUGUCAUAAUGCGUGGAGAAUACGAUGCUUUGCUUCCUUGGCCCUUCAAACAGAAAGUGACUCUCAUGCUCAUGGAUCAGGGACCGUCUCGACGUCACUUGGGAGAUGCUUUCAAGCCAGAUCCAAACAGCAGCAGUUUCAAGAAGCCAACUGGAGAAAUGAACAUUGCGUCUGGCUGCCCAGUCUUUGUGGCUCAAACUGUUCUAGAGAAUGGAACGUAUAUUAAAGAUGAUACUAUUUUUAUUAAAGUCAUAGUGGAUACAUCGGAUCUACCAGACCCCUGACAUACACUGGGGGAGGCGGAUUAAACAGAAGGCAACUCCGUUUGGGGGUUUUAUAUCAGUUUGUCUUCAAUCAGAGGUCCUAAAGCUCACAGAACCACCUUGUGGAACAGAUGGAAGAGUUUGAAGGCAUAACUGCGUAGGGUCCAAUUGCGAAAGUAGCAACACAUUAAGAAAUCAUACCAUGGUAUAUUUUUUAAUAGAACUAGCAACACUUGAGCUCUGAAGAAUCACUUAUCCUUCAUCAGGGAAGUGAUUAUGGUCAGAGAGGAUUUUUUUAACUUAUUAAUGAUCUAGUCAAUUGGAGGUGAAAAGACAUAUACAGUAUGUGCUGAAUCAAUUACUGACUUUUUUUUCUCUUAAGCUAGAAUACAAGAAAAACCCUUCACAUGUGGGCUAGCUGGAAAUUGUCAGCAUGUUAAAAGAAGAUGAAGUAAUGUUACAAUUAUGAUAUUCUUUGAAAAACUGAGGUGCAAUCUUGUCUGAAAUAUAGUAUAUUGUCUUUUUAAGGCCUCAUCUGGUCUCUGUUUUAAUAAUUACUUUGUCAGAAGAUCUUGGAAAAGUAUCCAUGUCUUCUCAAAAGUAUCUGAAUCAAAAUCAUAUUUUUAUUUAAAGUUCUAUUGUUACAAAAAACAUUUUAUUUUAAAACUGUUGAUAGACUGAUAUUUCUUGGAAGAAAAAAAUAGAAGAUAUCAAACACUGGUUAUCACUUGUGAUAGGAAAAAAAAACUAUUCAAUUCUGUUAUUUCUCUUUAGAAAUGUAAACCUACAAUAUAUGUCGUAGUUAAUGACACUAUUUCAAAAUUAAGGAAAAAAUCACUCAUGGAUGCUGUGCAUCAUUAUCAGAUUUAUAAUUGUUUUCACCCUAAAAUAGGGCAUUUGUUGAACUUUGGAGUUCUAAACGGAAUCCUGUACAUUUUUUAAAGUUCUGCCCCAUGCUUUCCAAUCAAGCUAUAUAUGUUGCACAUUAUGCUGUCAGCAGUAUAUAGUAUUUUCAGUAUUGGGGAGGAGGAUUAGUGCUGAAAAAAGCCUCUAUGUUUGUUCUGUACUAGCAGCCAUUGCUUCAAGACAAACCAGCAAUGUCCUAAUACAGUGAUGGUGGCUUGCAUGCAUACAUGUGCCUUAGAUGUGCUGUGCUGCUUAUAAACCAUAGCUUUUUAUUCAGAUUAAUUCUGAUAUCUGAAAUGGUAGUUUAAUUGGACUUCAGGCAUAAUGUUUAGCCUUGUCUUCAGAGCCCUUAGGUACCUUGCAAUGUAUGAAACAGAAGCCAGAGCCCACUCCUUUGGCUUCUGCAGCUUCUAUGACUUGGCCAUGGUGGAAUCCAUCCUACUGAGGUGCCAAAACGUUAUGCUCAGUGCUCCUAUGGAGCUUGGACUAGACAGACUCCAUGGCCACUGUGAAGGCAGGUGACAUUUUUCCUCUAAUGCCUGUGGCUGUAAGGUGGCAUCACUUGAAACGAAUCCAUCUGAGAACUCUGGGGCUGUGAAUAUGGAUGCUCGUGGCAGCUUCUCAUAGCAGACAAGCAUCCUAAUGGGGAAUGCAUGGGCUUCUUUCUUGUAGCAGCCUGAACUGCAGUGGAAAGCAUUUGCUAGCCCUGAAACAUGCUGACUGCAACCUGCUGUGUUCAUCUGCUUCUAUUUAAUAGCCUGUGACAAGCAAGUCCAGAGACACAGCCUGACUGUGGUGCUCUUUAAAAUCCUGCUUAAGCAGAGUGGGCUUGCACCACUGUGUUUUCAGCCUUCAUGGGCUUGAAAAAAACUAUUGCAUCUCAGCCUUUUAUGUCAGGCUGUAUCAGUUUUCUGCUUUUUCGAGGCAUAGUCACAAUUUUUGUCUAAGGUGCAGUUGAAUUCAUGCCUUUGUAUUUCAGCUUGUCUUUGCCGUUGUCUUUUUUGGCUGUGCCUUCACACACAGUGCCUGCAAGAAGUAUUUAUGGAUAUACAAUGCAUGCUAAGUGGUCUUCAUGGGUUUUCCAGGCACCUGCUAGAAUACUGCCUGCUGCUGACUGUCCUGACCGUCGGCAGCAACUUGUCUUCCUUUUCUUGCCUUCCAUUGUCCGGGUACUGUACUCCCUCUAUGGUACGUGGCUGUCAACAGGUGCAAGCUCAAAUGUGGAGGCACCUGCUAGCAUUUAAUUUCUAGCACGGAAGGAGGAUGUUCUGCACAAGAGAUAAAUAUCUAUAGAUAUACCUGCAUCUAUAUCUCUAGAUAUAAUUGUAUGGCACUUGCAGUUUUAUGCAGGCUGCAUAAGUAAACCCAUCACUUACGCUUUAGGGCGAAGGUUCGCUCGACUUGUGUCAUUUUAAUAAUUGUGAAUGUAGGCAGCUGAGCUUUUGUGUUUGUGCAUCACAGAAUUUUACUGAAAACAGGAUUCCCAAGUGGAAAUGUCCAAAGGACUCUCCUCCCAUUGCUAAUGCAUGUCUUGUAAAAUUAAAUGAAACCGUUUGGCCAUCUCAAAACAGUUUAUAUCCUGUUUCAAUCUGGGACUUGGAGGAGAUUUCUAGUAUAAGCAGGGCCCAGCAUAUUCUGCAGAUUUGUGACUACAGUUUCCAACUUCUGUGACAGAAUUGCGCUUCUAAAUCCAAGCUCUUUAAAAAGAGGAAGAAUAAAAGCAUUUCCAGCCUUGGUGAUUGAAAGAGGACUUUGAAACAUGCGAAUGUGUAAACCAAUAGGGAAGUCUUCCUGAGUCUGCACACAGCCUAAACUAGUAGCUUUAAGAGAUCUGAAUAUCUCGUCUUGGUGGGAUAUUGACUCAGAAACUUCACAGAGAAGUUUAAAUAUGAACACUGCUAACUAUCUAAAUGCCGAUCACUGUAGCAGAAACAUCAGUCACUGUUGUAUUUCACAGAUCUCUAUGCUGCUUUCCACAUCUCCCAAGUGCCAAAAAGCACCAGCUGCCAGAAUCUUCAGCUUCACUUGGGCAGCUUUUAUAAUGCAGUAAUGUGCUAUCGAUAUAAAAAUAUUUUUGCAUAUGUGCUUUUUAUCACAGUUAAUAAAAUGGAGGCCUACUGCACUUAUUUUUUAAAACUACAUGAAGCUGCCAGAGAAUUUCCAGUUUGCCAACCCUGCGUACUGUGAAAUCCAGGAUCUUGCUACACAAAUUAGACACCGCCUGCUGUGGAAUACCUGAAGCCUUGACUGUAACACCCCUUUCUCCGCAGAACUCACAGGCCAUCUCUGUAGAGUUCUUACUGUGUACAUAGAAAUCGGUUUCCUCUGCUUUCCAGCAAGGAGUAUGUAGCAUUUUGUGAAAACAAGGCCACUGUAUAUUCUCUAAGUUGAAAGGAAAAGAUACCUGGUGCUUUACUCAACACUUUUAAGUUAUUUAACUGUUUCUCUCAUCGCUGAAAUGCCCUUUAUCCUUUUUCUCUUUGUUCCUGACUGAGGUAUCCAAAGUUUUCUAGGGCCUGUCUGUUUAAAGUGAUUGGUGGGACAGCACCCUACCCCCAAGGUAUACUCUUGAAUCCCGGCAAACUCCUGGGGGCUGCCACUAUUGCAAGGGAGUCCCAGAGUAUUUGUGUUACUUUGAACAGAGUUUGUUCAGUGCAACCAUAUUGUCCUCUACUUAGUAAUUCUUAGCAGCACACGACUGAAGUCUCUUGCUGGUGUUCUUUCUUCACGGUGACGCUCCAAGUUCUGUACAAACCUCUCCUGUUUCCAGCUUCCUCUAGGGAGAUUCCAGUGUGUGACAAUCUGGAUGUUGCCCUUUGCGUGCACUCUUCAGCACAGAGUGAUGAGUGCACCUGUUACCUAGUCUUGAAUCCUAAACAGGAUGAAACCUUUUGGGUGUUUAAAGACCAACCUGCAAUUAUGAUGCAUGACCAUGUCUGUAUUGCUUCUCUGAGCUAAUUAACUGGGGUCUUGUUUCAGUUACUGUCUACACGGUACACCUUCAACUGCUGACUUACAAUAUGCAAUGUUGAUUUCAGCCUUGUACUGUAAUUGUUGUUCUUCACAAAGAGAAUGUGCAAUAGGAAAAGGGAGUGGUGGGUGGCAUACUUUUGAUGGAAAAAACACGCUAGAUUUUUAAAAAUACGGAAAAAAAAAAAGAAAUGCAGUUUAUUUCCUUUUCUCAUGGUGGUUUCUACUUGGAAAAGGAAAGAUGAAGAUAUGUGCCUGUUUCUAUGCCUGGUGAAUUUCUCAAAUGCAAAGGUAAUAGAGAUUUGUGUUAGCUGGGAUUUAACUGUUGAACCCACGAAUGUUAGGUUGUGAUUGUAUCGCUUCUGUUUCCUCAGCUUGCCAUGAUUAUGGCUCACGGAGGUGGAGUUUAAAAGCUACCACCUAUUUGUAUCUGUAUUCCAUCACCUGGGAUAGGCAUUUCACCCAACAGUGCAGGGUAUCUGUUGAUAUUUUGUCUAGUUUUUAAAACUCUGGUGCUCUUUGGUCCAAGACAGAGAAGCGUGUAGGGAGUGACAAGGAAAGUUGCCUGCACUGCAGAAGAGUGAAAAAUGUGACUGUAGUAUUGAUGCCUUUGAUAUGAUUUAACUAUGCAAAUAUACAAAUAGGUGAGGGGGGGAAUUCUUGGGUUGCAUACCUAAUCUCUUAGAUUUUGCUCUGUAAAUUUCUUGUAUGUGUGUAGGUACAUACAUAUACACACAGACAUGCAUGCACAUAAAUAUGCAAAGUCUUUUCUUUAUGUAGAAGUGAUGAAACAAAACCCUUUCCUCCAAGUUAUACUUGAUCAAUUGGUGCAAAUAUAACUUGCUGCUGCUAAGGGAGGAUCUUGGCUAAGGGCAAACUUUGGUUCAUAUCUUUCAGGUUUGAACACCUGUAUGUAGCAAACACUUGGUUCAGCUUUUCUGAAGACUUUGAAUUGUAAUUUAGGACACAUGUUCUUCCUCAUGCUCUGAUAAUUUGGAGAUUCCUGUAUAUUGAACAACUGCAGUGAUGGGCAACUUUUUAAUUGCAAAUUAUUUCCUCUGCAUUGGAACAAAAAAUGGUAAAAAGCAUCUGGACCUCUUCCCUGGAAUUCCUGUCCUGUUCAGUCAAUACCUUGAACUUCUGGUUGAGCUAGAAGUCAAAGCCACUGCAAUAAAAAUGAUUGGUUUAACAGUUUAAUCUGAGAAUAGUUUUUAAUACUGUGUACAGUGUAUAGCAAGUGCUAUUUCUCUUUUUUGGAACAAGGAAAUCAAGGAUGAGAUAUGAUUUGCCCAGAGUCACAAAAGGAAUCUCCUGGAGCUGGGACUGAAUGAGAGGUUCCAGUUCCCUGGUAUUAUCUCUGAAUCACGAGGUUUUACUCUUCUAAUACAUUUGUCCCUUAAUGGAACUGGAAAAUCAGUUGACAUACCCUGAAGACCCACAUCAGGACAGUAAGGGCUAGAAUUAAACAUACAAGCUGUCGUGAUUUGGGGUUGCACACACAUGGUGGCCCAGACGUGCAGAGUGAAGGCCAGCACAGCAUGUCAGUGUGUGUAACAGCAGCAAACACGUGUCCUGCUCUGUUUGUUCAGAAUCAUCUAACAACACCAGUCUCGUUUGAUGCUCCUCUUAACUAAGGAGGGAGAAUACCAUUGUACAGCAAAGUGGGUUCAUCUUUGUUCUACCAGUCAGUGUGACUGACCAUUUCUUUCUUGUGGGGCUUUCUCCCUUUUUCUGUAAACCAAAAUCUGGAGGGCUUAAUUGUUCUUUCUUGCCUCUUAAUCCAGGCCUUUGCAGAGAAGCACCAGAUAGGAAGGCUGUGGAAAACUUUGGACUGCUGAUUAAGGGACAUCCUCUUAAGAUUUAGAAGAGUAGAGUUAUACAACACAUAAGGGAUCUGACUAUUCCUGUUUCUCUUCUAAUAUAUGGUCAAGACUGCAGCUUCUGUCUUCCAUUUCAUGACAUCAGUGUAGAUAUUAGGCUGUGUUUUUCCAUUAUUUUCCCUCCAAGUUAGGAUUAGUUCCUUAGGGUUCAAGUAAGUUCUGAAUUUCACAGGUAAGCACCUGAACCAAAACCCUGGAUUCAAACAUCCCAGACUUGAUGUGGAACUCAAAUCUGGAUCCCAACUCUGUGGCUUACUAACCUACCCAUUCAGGGAAGGGUUUGUUGUCUCUAUGUGGUGUUUGUGUUUUUGGUCCUUUGGAACUAAGCUUUUAAUUUGGUUGCCAGUUCUGCAAGGACUUUUUAACUUCUUAGCGAUGCCGGUGUUCACACGCUCCAUUGCUGGCAGUGCGAUGCGUAGUGAUAAAAUUUGACUCUGUCUAAGGGUUACUGAGAUAAACCAGCAUUAUCAUUCGUAAAGGUCAUUUUCUUGCAUAGUGUUCCGAGCUUUGUAUUUGAAUAUAGCUCGCACCUGAAAGGACACAUCUUCCAACUAUGACCUGCAUCACUGGCAGAGAGUUGUGUAAUCUGUACUUGUGGAAUGGGAAGGUACAAGCUUCCAUCGUUGCUGAUGCAUCGUGUACUCCACCUAUUUUGUUUGUCUUAUAGCUGUUGUUCGGUUAAUACUUCUUUUUUUUCAGUUUUAUAGAAAAAAAAAAAAUGGGGAAGUUCAGGAUUUUUUCUACAAGGUAUAAAACUCCAAUGAAUUAGUGGUGACUAGAGAGCUGUGAAAAAUACCCCAUUAGGAGAUGAUGGGCUAAAUGUAGGUCCAUUUCUCAUAGACAAGUAGGAUAACCUUUAAGAUGCAUGGAACAACAUAAUAAUCGGGAAAACUGAAGCUUACAUUUGUUUCCAAGAAAUUCUGUGAGAACUAUCUAUGGAAAAGACAUCAAUGAUUGAGAAUAAUGUACAAAUUACUGUGUUUGAAACUUGUGUAUCCAUUUCUUUAAUCUCAUACUCUUCAGUGAACGGUACACUUGUGUUCAGUUUUAUGAUCAAAAACAAAGACCAAAGAAGGCCAGCCUCAUUUGAUUGUGUAUAUUCUGCCUGUCUUAAUUAUCAAUAGCUGUAAGGAUACAGUGCAAGUGAUCUGGUAACCAGUGGUUCUCGUCCUUUUAUUUUAGGGGGAAAAACAAUUUUAAAAUGUAUAAUUUAUUGCUCAGCAAUAACCAUGUUGUUAAAAUAAUUAAAAAAGAGUGAAUUAGCAACAUGUCUUAAUUUCCCAAUAGCAUUAUUAUAUGUUGUAUUUCAGUUUACUGUAUAUUGUGUUUUUGUAUUUAUUUGUGUUUGGAGGUCUUGCUAUGUCUUUUUGUGUUUAAAUGCUAAUAAACAAGGACAGUGUGUAAGAGUGUAGAAUGCUGAACUCUGAAAUGCUAAACUGUGUUAUUAAAGGAAAA